AACAACGACAACAAUGCAAAUGUCCACAACAAUGUUAAGCAAGUGCGGCGGCUUUGUGACGCGCCGUAAUAAUCAAAUGUUGGCCAAAACUGAGCAGAGCUCGCUGCAGCCCUCUCGCCCAGAGCCCCAAAGCGAACGCUUACAGGGGCCAAAUGCAACAACAACAACAACAACAACAACAACAGCAGCAGCGACAGCAACUGCAUUUGUCUGCCCACGACUUUGCGCCCAACAGUCCUACAGUCUCCUCUCUUGUGGCAGCUAUUUUGGAGUCCUCUUGCUACUGAUACUGUGUGCCAGCUAUAGCAGUGCACUGCCGCGACGCGCGCUUGGCCGCCACCUGAUACUGCCACACCGCCACCACGUGCACCUGCGAUCAGCGGGGCAGGAGCACAAGCCCGACGAGCACUCUCUGAGAUAUAAGAAGAAGCUCAACUGCACAAUGAACAUGGCCAACUACAAUGCGAUCAAUUUGAGGUAUGCGCGCGAUGUGGUCAUUGGCACGCGGGCCUCUACCAUUGAUCUCAUGACUGCCUGUUUCAAGGAGACCGAGGAGGAGCUGGCGCAACGCUAUCGCUUGCACAGCUUGCACCUGGAGUAUCCGCUCAAGAAGGCGGUGAAUAACAGCCAGUACAACGGCCAGAGCGAAGAGAACAAGUCAUUGGAGGAGGAUGUGCUGGACAUAUACCAUUCGCUAGUCAAAAUACGCCGGGUUCUGGCCAAUGAGACCAAAGCCAUCGAUGCCAAAUGGCGCAACAACUACUUUGUGUUCAUUGAGGAGAAGGUCGAGCACAACAUUGCCAACGUCGAGGCCCUACUCAGCUGCACGGCCGAAGGCGAAGGCCACAUUCCCGAUCCCUUCCAUAACCAUCCAUGUCGCAUGUAUGGCAUUGUCAAUGAGUUUGUCAAGCUGCUCCAUGUGCUGGAGAUUAAGUAUAGCUUGAUGCUGCGCCAGCAGGAGGCGGUGGAGGCGGAGGAAGCGGCGGAAGCGGCGGAGUGAGCACAGCUACGUGCCACAUGCCACCAGCCAACAGGUGAC